UUGGUGCUACGAUAGUUUGUUUACAAAGUUACGAGCUUCGUCGUAAUGAAUGAGUGACCGGAUAAUGUUUUCAACCAAAGAACGGCUUCGAAGGAGAACCCCUGCGGCUGGCAUAGAUCGAGAAGAAUACAUCGAACAUCUGGUAGAAGAGUUCCACACCACUACAAACGUAGAAGCCCAGGAGCAAGUUUCAGCUAAUUUAGCAAACUUUGCGUACGACCCAGUGAAUUAUCCUUUUUUAAAGAAGAGCUCUUGCUUGGAGUUAUUUAUACAAACCCUUUCCCUGCCCAAUGAUAAACUAGUGCUGCACGGCAUAGCGGGCAUUUGCAACUUGUGCCUGGAUGAGUAUUUCGAAAGCGUGAUACUAGCACCUACGAAUUUAGCGGCGAUAACCGCACUUCUACCAAAAGACAAUACGGAAAUUGUUCUCCAAGCAUUAGCCACGCUAACUUUGCUAACCACCCCCAAAACCAAAGAGCAAAUUUGCAUACCCAAAGUGGUUAGGGACAUCCAAAGACUGAGGGAGUCUAAACAUAUCCCGAUCAAAAGACUGGCCUCCGUUUUCAUAGAAGACAACUGCACCAAAACUGAAAUUAUCCAAUUAAAGCUCCUGCAAAACAUUAGAAAAAACCUCUCGCAAUCCAUCAGGCAAUUCUGUACAGUUGAGCAGUUCCGGGUAGGAGAUGAAGUCACUGUCGUGAAACGAAUAACGCAAAAAGAAGUGGACGAUUUUGCACGCCUUACGGGAGACACGAAUCCAAUUCACACGACUCAAGUUCCGGAAAGCAAAAGGGUAGUUCAUGGUGCCCUUCUGAAUGGACUUGUCUCCGGAGUGAUUGGCACGCGAUUGCCUGGACCAGGAACCGUAGUAUUAUCACAAAAAUUACAUUUCCUACGAAAGUGUUAUGUCAACGAAGAGGUCGAGAUUUGUGUGAGACUCGUAGAGAACAGAAAAAUUAUGCGAGUCCAGUUCGAAUGCCAGCAGGAAGGGGAAAUUGUCUUCAAAGGGGAUGCCCGGCUAAUGAUGACACAUUUUAGAUUGUAAUGAGUAGUUUACUGAGUGAUGUUUUAUAAAGGAUAGACAAACA